GCGGUUCCGGUUCUAAAGUCCCCACGCACCCACCGGGACUCCGAUUCUCCCCAGACGCCGAGGAUGGCGGUCAUGGCGCCCCGAACCCUUCUCCUGGUGCUCUCAGGGGCUCUGGCCCUGACCGAGACCUGGGCGGGCUCCCACUCCAUGUGGUGUUUCGACACCUCCGAGUCCCGGCCCGGCCGCGGGGAGCCCCGCUUCAUCUCCGUGGGCUACGUGGACGACAUGCAGUUCGUGCAGUUCGACAGCGACGCCGCGAGUCCGAGAGAGGAGCCGUGGGCGCCAUGGAUGGAGCAGGAGGGGCCCGAGUAUUGGGACCGGAACACACAGAUCUCCAAGACCCAGGCACAGACUGACCGAGUGAACAUGCAGACCCUGCUCCGUUACUACAACCAGAGCUAGGGCGAUUCUCACACCAUCGAGACGCUGUAUGGCUGCGAAGUGGGGUCGGACGGGCGCCCUCGCGGGUAUGAACAGCUUGCCUACGACGGCAAGGAUUACGUCGUCCUGAACGAGGACCUCCGCUCUUGGACCGCGGCGGACAUGGCGACUCAGAUCACCCAGCGCAAGUGGGAGGCGGCCCGUGUGGCGGAGCAACAGAGAGCCUACCUGGAGGGCGAGUGCGUGGAAUGGCUCCGCAGAUACCGGGAGAACGGAAAGGAGACUCUCUACAGGUCAGACGCCCCCAAGACACAUAUGACUCAUCACCCUGUCUCUGACCAUGAGGCCACCCUGAGGUGCUGGGCCCUGGGCUUCUACCCUGCGGAGAUCACACUGACCUGGCAGCGGGAUGGGGAGGACCAGACCCAGGACACGGAGCUCGUGGAGACCAGGCCUGCAGGGGAUGGAACCUUCCAGAAGUGGGCAGCUGUGGUGGUGCCUUCUGGAAAGGAGCAGAGAUACACCUGCCUUGUGCAGCAUGAGGGUCUGCCUGAGCCCCUUACCCUGAGAUGGAAGCCAUCUUCCCAGCCCACCAUCCCCAUCGUGGGCAUCAUUGCUGGCCUGGUUCUCCUUGGAGCUGUGAUCACUGGAGCUGUGUUCACUGCUAUGAUAUGGAAGAGGAAGAGCUCAGACCCCCCCAAGACACAUAUGACCCACCACCCCAUCUCUGACCAUGAGGCCACCCUGAGGUGCUGGGCCCUGGGCUUCUACCCUGCGGAGAUCACACUGACCUGGCAGCGGGAUGGGGAGGACCAGACCCAGGACACGGAGCUCGUGGAGACCAGGCCUGCAGGGGAUGGAACCUUCCAGAAGUGGGCGGCUGUGGUGGUGCCUUCUGGAAAGGAGCAGAGAUACACCUGCCAUGUGCAGCAUGAGGGUCUGCCCGAGCCCCUCACCCUGAGAUGGGAGCCGUCUUCCCAGCCCACCAUCCCCAUCGUGGGCAUCCUUGCUGGCCUGGUUCUCCUUGGAGCUGUGAUCACUGGAGCUGUGGUCGCUGCUGUGAUGUGGAGGAGGAGGAGCUCAGAUAGAAAAGGAGGGAGCUACUCUCAGGCUGCAAGCAGUGACAGUGCCCAGGGCUCUGAUGUGUCUCUCACAGCUUGUAAAGGUGAGAGCCUGGAGGGCCUGAUGUGUGUUGGGUGUUGGGGGGAACAGUGGACACAGCUGUGCCAUGGGGUUUCUUUGCGUUGGAUGUAUUGAGCAUGUGAUGGGCUG